UGCCUGUCACAGGCAACAUCCAGCACCAUACACAGACAGUAGGAGUGAGUGAGGCAGUGCUGCCAGGGAGGAGUCCUGAGCCCACCAGGAGCCCCUGGCACUGCCUCUCCCUGUCCUCCUAGCUGCCCUGCGCCCUCUCCUCUAUCUCUCCGGGGAUCCCCUCUGUGCCAUGCCCAAAUUAACCCCUUCCUCAGCCUCUGUUUCCAUUUGUGUGUAGCAGGCUGAUCUGUGUUGCUGCUGCUGGGUACUGAGGAGGAAGAACACUGCCUGCUGCUGGGGGGGUUAUCUGGGUCUCAAUAUUUGCACUAUUUUCUACCCAUCCCUGCUGCUGUGUCAGGGGAGCACACACUCAAAUCUCUCACAUACACACACAGAGACUUGCACCCACAUAUUUCCUGAGAUCCCUGCCUAUUCCUGCUGCACCCCCUCCCACCAGAUCUGCAUGGUGAUUUUGGGAAGCAGGGUGGACAGCCCAGCAUGAGACGAUGAUGAUGCCAGUAAAGAAAGGUCCUGAGAGCAGGUAUCCCCUGCACUACCUGGUGUGGCACAACAAAUACAGGGAGCUGGAGAAGGAGCUGUCUGACAAGCAGUUACCAAGGAACAAACAAGACCAUCCAAGAUUUUCAAAUCCUUUGGUGGAUGUUUUUAAGCCUGUCAUUGAAAGCUUUGAAAUAAGCCAGGAGCAGCUUGAGCAGGUUGACCCGCGGGGCCGGACUCCCCUUCACCUUGCCACAACGCUAGGACAUAUCGAAUGUGCCAGGGUUCUGCUGAACCAUGGAGCAGACGUCAGUAAAGAGAAUCGCAGUGGAUGGACAGUUCUUCAAGAGGCAGUCAGCACACGUGACCUAGAACUAGUGCGUUUGAUUUUACGACAUCGGGAUUACCAGAGAACUAUUAAACGUCUGGCAGGUAUACCCAUCCUUCUGGAGAAACUGCGUAAGGCACAGGACUUUUAUGUAGAAAUGAAAUGGGAGUUUACAAGUUGGGUGCCCCUGGUGUCCAAGAUCUGUCCUAGUGACACGUAUAAAGUGUGGAAAAGUGGCCAGAACCUGCGUGUAGAUACCACGCUGCUUGGGUUUGACCACAUGACUUGGCAACGAGGGAACCGCAGCUUCAUCUUCAGGGGACAAGAUACCAGCGCCGUGGUAAUGGAGAUUGAUCACGAUAGACAUGUGGUCUUCUCUGAAACCCUGAGUUUAGGUUCCCAGGACCAUGAAGUACUGCUGGCUGCCGUGCAGCCCACCGAAGAACAGGCCAUGAGUCGACUGACUGCCCCUGUAGUUACAACACAGCUGGAUACCAAGAACAUUGCCUUUGAGAGGAACAAAUCAGGAAUUCUGGGUUGGAGGAGCGAGAAGACGGAAGUUAUCAAUGGCUAUGAAUCAAAGGUAUAUGGAGCUUCCAAUGUAGAAUUAAUCACUAGAACUCGCACAGAGCAUCUGUCAGACCAGCACAAGAGCAAAAGCAAAGGCAGUAAAACGCCUUUACAAUCAUUCCUGGGGAUAGCCGAGCAGCAUGUGGGACCAAACAACGGACAAACAUUAAUCACUCAGACCUUCAGCCAGACAAACCCUACAUCCAUCACGCCAGAUGAAUACUUUGAUCCCAACUUUGACCUGGGGAAUCGGGAUAUGGGACGGCCCAUGGAGCUCACCACCAAAACACAGAAGUUUAAAGCCAAGUUGUGGUUAUGCGAGGACCAUCCCCUGUCAUUGUCAGAACAAGUGGCUCCAAUCAUUGACCUCAUGGCAAUAAGCAAUGCACUUUUUGCAAAACUCCGUGAUUUUAUUACUCUCAGGCUACCCCCAGGCUUCCCUGUCAAAAUUGAAAUUCCCAUUUUCCACAUCCUGAAUGCCCGCAUCACAUUUGGAAACCUCAAUGGAUGUGAUGAACCGGUCUCGUCCCUGCGUCAGAGCCCCAGCAGCGAAGCACCAUCCCCGAGUAGUGACUCCUGCAGCGUUAGCAGCACCAGUUCUAUAAGUAUGAUGCCACACCAGGGGGAUGCGGGACAGAGGGACCACAACACUUCUGGACGUGGCUGCGAUAUGGAUCAGUCAUUGUUUGAAGCGCCUCGUGGUUACAGCGUGGUGGGAAGUUACCGGGAAAGCAUGCGUGAGGAAGAAGAUGACCUGCUUCAGUUUGCAAUCCAGCAGAGCUUAUUAGAAGCUGGUAGUGAGUACGAUCAGGUAACUAUUUGGGAAGCUCUGACCAACAGCAAGCCAGGAACUCACCCGAUGUCCAAUGACAGUCGAAGAGGCGAAAGGACUCCCCAGCACAACCAACCCUCCAGCCCUCCUCACACAGGUUCCAACAAUGUAUUCACCACCUAUCAGGAGCAGCUGAGGUUAGCCAUGGAGCUCUCUGCUAAGGAGCAAGAGGAAGAGAUUAAGUUAAAGCAGCAAGAAGAGGAAGAGCUGGAGCGAAUACUGCAACUCUCCCUAACCGAGAAAUAGCAGGACUUACACUCAACCAAUCAAGCACCCCAGGAAACAUGCUGAGCCUUCUCGAGGCUUAUCUGGGAAGCCAUAAAUCUGGACAUGUCAAGGGAGGAUUCAUAAGGAUGGGUGCUGUCUGCAGAUUAGGUUUCCUGUUACACCCAAUACAUUGAAACAUAAGCCAGAGAAAAGUGUUCCGAUCCCACUACGUACCUUAAUUUUAUCUUUUGUCUCCUUCAGUCAGAGAAUCGCAAAUCACCUGCAAUAUUUCAGAGAACACUCAGUACGUUGAGACAAGUCCAGAUAGUGAAUGGGGCCUCUCAGAUUAGCUCUGCCGGUUAUGGUGCUGGUUGAAACCCAUUUUCUGCUGGUGAAUGAAGAAUGACCAAAAUACACGAAAAAACACAAUGAAUUAAAAGUCGCUAGAGAUUCCAUGAUGGUACAGCAGGGUACAGGGCAUCUAAACAUUGAAAAGUCUCCAGAGGUUUAUCAUUCCAAAAUUAUCGCCAUCAAAAGCAAAACAUCCCAAUGACUGGGAUCCAGACAGAUGCAGGCAGAUUAAUCUAACACUUUUUGGUUGAGAUCAGUGGAAAAAGGGUGACUAGUAGGCUCAGAGGGUGGACUGCAUUUUUGGUUGGUAGCUGCUGAUGUUGGCAGCAUAUUAAUAUUAUUAGUAUGAUUACCAAUGGCUUGGAAAUAAUAAUAAUACUGACUGUAUGAAUGCCAGAGUGGUAAAUGUGUGCAGUAAAUUCAAAUGGUUAUGUGUUUUGUUUUAUUUAUUUUUUUAAUAAUAAUGUCUUAUAUUUAAACCAGA